AUGGCUCCCUUUGUACUAUCCCAAUGCCGUGUCGCCGAUGGCGCCGCCCUGGCCGCCAAUAGCAUCCCCGCUUUCUGGGCUGGCCCGCACUGGGUUCUGGCCUGGCGCCAUCGGACCCUGGAGUACCACAUUUCGCAGAUAGCCCUGCGCUUCCCACGAAACAUGCUGAACAACCGGGAGGCCUUGCGACAUCAGAAAGCAAUGGAUACAGAGACGGGUCGCAUACUCGGCUAUGCCCGAUGGCGCUUGCCACCAUCCUAUGGGAUAAGCCCAGAUGAUGGCACGCCGAUAUGGCCCGAGGCCCAGGUCCCGGCGGUUGAGCCCGAGGAGGAGGCCGAGAUCCGGCGGCUUGCCGAGACUGUUGUUUGGGAUCCUAAUGAUGAUGCCGAUGAGUUGCUGGAUCGCGUAAAAGCGCUGGAGAAGGAAGUGACGCCAAAGACACCAUAUAUAUGUCUGGAAUACCUUGCUGUGCACCCAGACAACCAGCGUAAAGGAGUCGGGACGGCAUUGGUGAAGAGCGGAAUGGAUCAGGCGGAUGAGAUGGGGUUAAAUAUCUUCGUCCACGCUUUGAGAGAAGGAGCUGAAUUGUAUAAACAGAUGGGAUUUCGACUCAUAGGAGAGCUUGUCCAGGAUGACUCGGCGCAUGGUGGUAGUGGGGAGUAUGGGGUAUAUUUCUUUAUCUAUGAUCAUGAAUAUCGGUCUUGA